ACCAGAUUAUAUGCGUUGAAUGCCCUACUGCUAUGGUGUGGUCGGGAUGCGGAUCUUCACUGCAAGGCUCACCUCUAGAUUUAUUACCGCUUCCGCCAUCAGCGUUGCCCAUGCCACACAUGGAUUCUCCUGUUACUGAAGACCAUAGGAGGAUGGUUUAUGAGGCUGAACAAGAAAUCGCAGCCAGAAGUAAGAAAGCUGAAAGUAAAUGGUGUACGGACAAAUGGCAAACAAGUUCUCAAGCACGUGUACUCGCCGUAUUGGAAGCAUUGGAUAGGCACUGCUUUGACCGCGUCGACCCCAACAAUAACUUGGAUACACUGUACAAAGAAGUUUUUGCUAAUUGCGCGUCACCAACCAAAGACUCGACCAUAGACACCAAAGAUCCGGUUAGUAUAUGAUAUAAAUUUUGUUACACAUAAAAGUAUGUAGCAAUAUUAUAUGUAGUUAAAAUAAAAAAUAACAGUCUCCCAACGCAGACUGUUUUCUCUCUAUUUCUAAAAGGACAUAGGUACACACUUUAGGUAUAAUUUUUAAUUUACUGUUACUAUUCUUCUUUGACAAAGGACUUCCUUGAUUUCUUCGAAAUAGGAUUAAACAAAGUGCACUUAGCGUUUAUCAAAUUGAACAUUAAGUGCAGUUAAUUAAAACUGAUGCCAAUCGGAUUGAAUUCAAUCUAAUUGCGCGAUAGGCCUGAUGAUUUAUAAGCAUUAACGUCUAAAUGCCUAUAUAUUGAAAAAUAUUAAAAGAAAUUAAGAAUUUUUAUACUAUAGGUGAAUGACAAAUCAAAUUCUUUCAAUAGGCACGAUGACUGGGUAAAAAAUAUAAAUUCUGUUCAGUCCGCCAGUGAAAUAAUAGAAAAAUAUUAGAUAUAUAUUUGUUGCUCCAAUUUAACAAUAAACUGCUUAGAUGAUAUGCAUUAAAGUUGAGAAGUGUGGGGCGCGCUAAGUCACAACUUUGUAGAAAAUUUACAAAGGUGUGAUGUCAUAUGACUUACAACUCAAUGUAUCGCUGUAAUUUAUUGAUUACGAAAAAAAUAAGUGUUUAAUACUCUUCAAUAAUCUAUCUAAUGGACAAACGAAUAAAAAUUAGUCUUCUGCCCUAUUGCCGAUUGCAUUGUUUUAUUAGUUUUUUGUUGUGAUUUCUACCUGUAUAUGAUCUAGGAAUGGGCGUGUUCGUAUGCCGUUGUGAAAGUUCUGUGCGAAUGGGCUGUGUGUGGCGCCAGAUUCGGCGAACAUAGAGCGCAAGCCGCCGCCGCUUUACUAGACAAGAGGCAACAACAGCUGUUACAUCAACACCACGAACAUCACGCCACAGGUAUAAUCCUUACGUAAACAUAAUCCGUAUUAUUAUAAAAACGAGGACUUUAGUAUCAGGUUUAAACCAUUCAUCAUCAAAUAAUUCAGGCGAUGGUCCAUCAGCCUUUUUAAAGUACCACUGCUGAGGCUCAAGGUCAUCCUGCCCGGGUGGGACUGGGUUGGUUUCGUCGGGUGCUACGACCAACGGGGGGGGGGGGGGGGGGGGGAUUCACGCCUAGGUGGGUCCUGCACAUCCUUGCCCUCCCUGGGGGGUAUGACCCAAAUGUUGCUGGACCUGGGCGAACGGCGCGGGAAGUGGUCU